UACCUAAGCGCUCACUAUUUAAAAUUAUUUAAAAAGAAUUUUUAAGAAUUCUAUUCUAUACUUUUCUUAAUUCAAGGUUGAUUCAAUGACAUCUUAUCUCAAAAGAGCUUUUGAAAGACAACUGUAGCCUGUUCUCCGAUCUACAUAUUACAAGAUUCCAUAUCUUAUCUCUGCGAUCGAACGUCAAACAACGUGCUUCAAGCACUUGCUAUCUCCUUUGGAUCGUACUUUUAAUAAGCGGCACGGCUGAAUUAGCUUCUGAUUCUGCACAAGUGAUUCAUUAUUCCUCAUUAUACUUUUAAUGCGAAAAGUUUGAAAUGGCUUCUUCGGAUCAUAUUGCUAUUUUGAGUGUGUCGGAUAAAACAGGCUUAGUAAGCUUUGCAACAAAAUUGUCCUCUGUUGGUUUAAAAUUGGUUGCUUCUGGUGGAACUGCAAAGGCCUUGCGAGAUGCUGGUUUACAAAUAAGGGAUGUAUCUGAAUUGACAGGAGCUCCAGAAAUGUUGGGUGGACGAGUAAAAACUUUACACCCAGCUGUUCAUGCAGGAAUUUUGUCAACAAAAUCUGAGAAAGACAAAGCAGAUAUGGUUAAGCAAGGCUAUGAUUUUGUCAGUGUGGUGGUCUGUAAUCUAUACCCAUUUGUACGUACAGUUUCGAAACCGGAUGUUACUGUUGCUGAUGCUGUGGAAAAUAUAGACAUAGGAGGUGUAACAUUAUUGCGUGCUGCUGCAAAAAAUCAUGACCGUGUUUUGAUUAUCUGUGAUCCAUCUGAUUAUUCAUUGGUAACUGAUGCUAUAGAUAAAAGUGGUGACAACUCAUUCAGUUCUUUAUUAGGAGAUAGCAAUUUAGAGCUUAGAAGACAGCUUGCUCUAAAGGCAUUUAACCAUACAGCUGAAUAUGAUGCUGCAAUAUCGGACUAUUUUCGACGAGAAUUCAGCAGAGGAGUGUCCCAACUUCCUUUGAGGUAUGGCAUGAAUCCUCAUCAAAAGCCUGCUCAGAUUUUUACCACAGAGAAGGAACUUCCAUUUAAGGUACUGAAUGGAUCCCCUGGCUUCAUCAACCUCUGUGAUGCAUUGAAUGCGUGGCAGCUUGUUUCCGAACUCAAGCAAAGCUUAAAUCUUCCUGCUGCAGCCUCUUUUAAACAUGUUAGUCCUGCUGGCGCUGCAGUUGCUGUUCCAUUAUCUCAUGAAGAUGCAAAAGUAUGCAUGGUUGAUGAUAUAUUUAAAGAUUUGACCCCAAUGGCUACCGCUUAUGCUAGAGCACGAGGUGCUGACAGAAUGUCAUCAUUUGGAGAUCUGGUUGCACUUUCUGACACUUGUGAUUUAAUUACUGCAAAAAUCAUAUCUAGAGAGGUUUCAGAUGGAAUUAUCGCUCCUGGAUAUGAUGCUGAUGCAUUAGAAAUAUUGAAAAAGAAAAAAAGUGGUGGAUAUUGUAUAUUACAGAUGGAUCCAUCAUUCAAACCUCAUGACAUGGAGGCAAGAACUUUAUUUGGUUUGACUCUAUCUCAAAAGCGAAAUGAUGCAGUAAUAGACAGAACGUUAUUUACAAAUAUUGUGUCAAAGAAUAAAACACUGUCUUCUGAUGCAAUUCGUGAUUUGAUUGUUGCUACAUUAGCUGUGAAGUACACUCAGUCAAACUCAGUCUGUUAUGCUAAAAAUGGGCAGGUGAUUGGGACUGGUGCAGGACAGCAAUCCAGAAUACAUUGCACAAGAUUAGCUGGUGAUAAAGCUAAUAUUUGGUGGUUGCGUUAUCAUCCUAAAGUUUUAGGAAUGGAAUUUAAAAAAGGUGUUAAAAGGGCUGAAAUUUCUAAUGUUAUUGACAAUUAUGUUGGUGGUACUGUUGGAAAAGAUAUGCCUCUUCAAACUUUCCAAAAUUCAGUUGUGAAUGCUCCAGCACUUUUAACUGAGGAAGAAAAGCUUGUCUGGAUCAAGCAACUUAAUGGAGUCUGCUUAAGCUCAGAUGCAUUUUUCCCUUUCAGAGACAACAUUGAUAGGGCUCGUCAGAGUGGUGUUUCUUACAUUGUCAGUCCUGCUGGUUCUACUAAUGAUCAGUGUGUCAUUGAAGCUUGUGAUGAAUAUGGAAUAGCUUUGGUUCACAGCAAUCUUCGCCUCUUUCAUCACUGAAGCCAUUUCUUCGGAAAAAACUUUUGUUAAUUCAUUUUGCUAUAUCAAAGUAUAUAUUAUUUUUACAUUAAAUGAGUUUGUAAUGAGUUUUGAAUCAAUUUAUAAAUGUUUUUAAUAAAUAGUUUAAAAACUUCAUUUGUUAUUAA